UCGCAAUCGCAUCGCAAUACACCAUUUUGUUGAGGAAGAGAUGAGUUCGAUUCUUACUUGCCUAAAUAAUCUAAGGAAAUCGCCUGUAUUGAGUUUGUCGAAUAAUCAGUUUUAUUGUGCUAAGGUAAAGAAAGCUUGAGAAAACCAUGUGAACUAGAGGACAGGGUGUGGUCUUCUCCAAUAACUACGUGACGUAAAUAGCCACGCCAGAUAAAGCAACAAUAUGUCUUCCAUUCACUAUAAAUUCAAGUCCAGUUUGGACUAUGACACAAUCACCUUCGAUGGUCUGAGCAUCUCCCUUGCUGACCUGAAGAAGGCUAUCAUGCACCAGAAGCGGAUGGGCAAGAGUGCAGACUACGACCUGCAGAUAACUAAUGCUCAAACCAAGCAUGCAUACAAGGAAGAAAGAGAUCUCAUCCCAAAAAAUGCAUCUGUGAUAGUAGCAAGAAUACCUGUAGUGAAGACCUCUACAAGAACUCCAUGGGAAAGAACAGGAAGUCCCUUGAUGAAUGACCAGAAAUCACAGCUUGGUUACGAAGACGUCCACCAGUCGACCAUCCACAAGCUUACCGAGAUUGGAGACCUGACUAGUGCUGAUGCUUCAGAGGCAGAUAAGAUCCGUGCCAUGACCAUCCAGUCGACGCAGGACUACGACCCUAGCAACUAUGUGAGGUCACGUGGGCAGAUGGGUCCACCUGGUCCUACCUACAAGUGCUACAAGUGCCUCAAGCCGGGACAUUGGAUCUGGAACUGCACCAACCCCGAGGUGGUACGUGGAGCGGAGAAGGUUCGACGCAGCACAGGGAUUCCGCGCAGCUUCAUGACAGAGGUGGAAGGACCGGACGUACCCGGAGCCAUGCUGACGGCCCACGGCAAAUACGCUGUGCCCACCAUCGACGCAGAGGCGUACCGAGAGGGUAAGAAGGAGAGGCCACCAUUCGUUCCUCACCAGGAGGAGGAGGUGGAGCCGGAACCUGAGCAGGACAUUCCUAGCGAGCUAGUGUGCACACUCUGCAAGGAUCUCCUCACCGACGCCGUGCUCAUACCCUGUUGUGGCAACAGCUUUUGUGAUGACUGUAUUCGCACUGCGCUGCUGGAGACGGAGGACCACGUGUGCCCGUCGUGUCAGGAGACAGAGAUCUCGCCCGACUCCCUCAUUCCCAACAAGUUCCUGCGGCAGGCCGUCGAGAACUUCCGCAACGAGACGGGCUACACGAAGGCGCGGCAGAAGAUCAAGGAGCGACGCGAGGCGAUGCGGCUGAAGGCGCAGCAGGAGAGAGAGAGGGCGGCAGCGGCGGCACGAGAGGCAGCUGGUGACAAGACACUCGUUCUAGUCGCUGUUCCUGAGAUCAAGAAAGCCAGCAGCAGCAGCAGCCGCGCCGGCGGUGAUAUCAGCAGCGGUAGCGCCAUCGUGCGCGUCGGCGCCGCCAACGACGCGGCCGCGAAGUCGGUGCCGACGUCGGCAGCGGCGCUGUUCCCGCAUCCGCCGCGCAAGAUCCGCACGCCGCCUCCACCGCACACGGGCACGCCUCCCACGCAGCCGACGUCGGUGUCGUCGCCCGUGCAUGCGUCGCGCAGUCCCGCACGAACGGAGAUCGCGCCGAGUAAAGAGCGAGAGAGUGGUGACAGCCGCGGCGGUGGUGGAGCCCCGGCCGCGGUGAUGCUGCGUAAGGAGGAGACGCCGUGCUGGUUCUACGACAGCGGUCGCAUCUGCUACUCCGGCGACAGCUGUCCGUACCUGCACGAUGGCUCGCCGCGGCCUUCGCGUGAACACAGAGCGCCUAGAGAUGAGAAGUCGUCGGCAUCGGCACACGAUCACUGGCGCCCACCCGCAGAUUACAGGGGUCCCCCGCCCCCGAGGCCGCAUCUUGCAGGACCGCCCCAAUUUGCUAAGGUUGACGGCAUGCCCCCCGCUCGGUACGACCGCCCGCCUCCCGGCUACGAGAUGCCACGCGGCCUGCCUCCCCCUGGCUUCCCUGCCCCGCAGCAGCAGCAGCCGCCGGGGUACCGCCUGCCUCCCCCGCCGCGCGGCUACGACGCCGACACCGCGCGCCGACAGUAUGAGGCGUCGCGGUACGAGCCGCGCGGCGCACCCCCCUACGACGCGCUGCGGCCGCCUGGGUACGGCGCCCCGCCCCAACCGCGCAUGGACCUCGCCCGCCCGCGAUUACCCGCUCCCCCCAGGCCGGGCGGACCCCCGAGAAUGGGCGCGCCGCCGCGGGUGGAUGGACCCCCGCGACUCGCUGGUCCCCCGAGGGCAGACGGGCCGCCGGGCGUGGACGCCCCCGUGAGGAUCGAUGGAGGGCCGCCGCGGAUGGAAGUGCCGCCACGGAUGAGCGUGCCGGGCGGCCCGCCGCCGCCGAACCUACAGCCGCCGCCGCCAGGCGUCGGACCACUAGUGAUCAUGCCGCGACCACUGGCACCUGUAACCGUGCCAACGACGCCGGUCGUCAGUGGCCCGCCACAGCUCGCCUACGGAGGGCCUCCGCCGCAAGGGGCUCCCAUCACAAUAGUGGGCAGCGCACCUCCUCCCCUUACAGAGGAAGAGUUCUACACGGAACAGAAACGCCUCAAGGAGGAAGAGGAGCGGACAAAGCUGACGAAACCGUUGGAUCCCCUCGAGGAUUUCGAGCGAAGGUUGCUCGAAGGACUCCCUCUGCGAAGCCGCUCUCCCAGCCGCUCUCCCAGCCGCUCUCCCCGCAAGAGGUCACCACUGUCGCGCUCGCCACGACCCAGGUCGCGCCUGCGUUCGCUGACGCCGCGCUCUCGUUCGAGGUCGCCGUACGGGCGUCGGUCGCGGCCACGCCCCGCGCCUACCGCUCUCGCUCUGCGCCUCGGCGCUCGUACGCCGACUACAACGGCGAGCGUUACGGCGACGAUUAUGCACCGUCGGCGGCGCCCCCUGGCCAUGAGCGGCGGCGCUCGUUCUCGCCUAGUAUGCGGCGGUAUCGUGAGGGCAGUCGUGAACGUGGCACCGCCGAGGGCUAUCCGCUGCGUUGCUCCAGGUCACCACGAGGGGGCAGCAGGGACCGCACAAGGUCACCGCGAGGGAGCAGCAGGGAUCGCCCAAGGUCACCACGAGGGGGAAGCAGGGAUCGCCCGAUGGUCGCCACGAGGGGGCAGCAGGAUCGCGCCAGGAUCACCACGAGGGGGCAGCAGGGAUCGCCCGAGGUCGCCACGAGGGGGCAGCAGGGAUCGCCCGAGGUUGCUACGAGGUGGCAGCAGGGAUCGCGUGCGGUCACGCACCCCAGUCGACCGGGAGAACAAGGAAAACUGGACGCGAAACGGCAAGCCGCUCGAUCGGCGCGAUGCGGCACGGGGGGAAGGCAAGCGGAGAACUCCGGAGAGGCGCGUGGUCAGCCGCGGCCUAGUUAGCAAGCCACGGGACGGCGGGGAGAGUAGGGACCGCUCGAAGACGAAGAAGUCUAAAGAGAGCGAGACGAAAGGGAAGCUGGCCAGCAAGGCUGCAAAGCAGCAGGAGAAGAUCGAGAAGAAAGAGAAGAAGAGCAAGCACAAGAAGCGGCACCACAGUCGCACCGCGUCCGGCGAGCAGAGCAAGAAAGAGGGCGCCACGGCCGCCGACACGGCCGCCGCCACGCUGGCCGUGCAGAACUCCACGAGCGCGGCGGCGGCGGCGGCGGCGGAGACGGAGACGGCCGCGAAGAUUCCUACGUGGGUGUCGCAGCGCGCUGCAUCGCCACCGCCCGCGGGAGGUCGACCUGCCAUGCCGGCAGCGCUGCUGCAUCCCGUCGCGCUGCCGUCGCCGCCGUCGCCGUCGAAGCUUGCCGGCGUGCCCGCGAGCCCGGAUAAGCUGAUCCCAUCGCUGAUGAGUCAGAGGGUGAAGCCUGUGGGCUUCCCGACACUGGGGCUCGGCUGGGCGUGGCGCGAGGGCAAGACGGACGCGUCGCCGCAGUCUGUGACCGAGUCGCUGCUGCUGCUGAGCAAUAACGCAAAGGGCACCACGCCCGUCGCACACGAACUGAGCGACCACCUCGGUGACGCCGCCGCUGUCGGUCAGGCGAAGACGCUCGAUGCAACAGAGGGCGCCGUCGCUGCCGCCGCCUCGGUCGAGCGCGAGGAGCCGCGCAGGAAGUCUGUCAACCUCUUCGACACGAUGACGGCCAUGCUGAACGACGACGGUGCGGCGGCGAAGGUGGCGCCACCACAGCCCGGCGAGGAGAGGGACAGUGCGGGGGACGCCAGUGCAAACGCCACCCCGUCUGCAGAGGAGGAAGCUGCGGAUGUGAAGGAGAACAAGGAAGAGGAGACGAAGGAGGAGGAGGAGCGAGGCAAUACGGAGAAGGAAGCCGAGGAGGUGAACUUGCCGCGAGAGGAGGCUGGUGAAGAGACGGUAGAUCCAGCAGAUUCCCGAUCGAUGGGAGAAACAGAGAUACCAGACUCGGAGCGGGAGAAAUCCGGGGACGAGGACCUUCCCAAGGAAACGGUCGCAGCAGGCAGCCCCGACGUGCAGGAGCCGGCGAGCGAGGGAGCAGCAGAGCCCGCGAGCGAGGGAGCGACAGAGCCCACGAGCGAGGGAGCGACAGAGGCGACGAGCGAGGGAGCGACAGAGGCGGCCGAGACGAAACUCGACGCGGCGGGACAACCUAAGGCACGGGAGCUCAGCAAGAAGGAGCGCAAGGAGCUGAGGAAGAAGCGCAAGAAGGAGCGCAAGGAGAAGAAGCUGCAUCGGCACGGCAGCGGCGGCGUCGUCGAGUACGAGAGCACGACGAGCGACGCCGGCACCACCACCGAGCACGACAAGCGCACGGCGUCGAGCGACGACGCGCCGAAGUCGCCGGCGAUCGUCGUCGUGCCGCCGGAGGUCUCCAAGUGGGAGAAGGACGAGGAGGAGGGCGGCGAGCGGUCGGUGCCGGCGACGCCGACGUCGGCACCCCCGCGCAGCCGCGUGACGAUGUCCGUGAUCGAGCAGGCGGAGAAAUACCUGACGCAGAAGCCACGCAUCUCGUCGAGCGUCGUCGUGAAGGCCGGCGACCGCCGCCGCGUGUUCCUCGGCGACCAGCCGCCGCCGCCUCCGCCGCGUUUGCCUGACCGAGCGGAGCGGGCCGUCGCCGCCGGCUACCACGCGCGCCGCUCCCCCGUCGACCGGCGCGAGUUUGAGCGGCCGCGGAGGCUGGACGACGGCCGGCGGUCGGAGCGGGAUGUGCGGCGGCCGCCGCCGGACAGAGACACGCGGCGCGUGGAGCCGCGGCAGGUGAGCCCCCCUGCGAGGUUUCCCGUGCGCACAGCGCGAGGGCUGCAGGUGUACUGUGAGAGCGAGAGGCCGCCGGCAGCGAGCCGCGUGAGCAGGGAGCGCGCCGACAAGUGGGAGGACGACAAGUGGAAAGAGGCAGAGAGGAACCCGCGGGCGUCGCGCGAGAAGGACGACGGCUGGAAUUGGAGAGUGAACGACAACAUGGAAGACGAUAAACAUCGGAGAGCAGGCGAGAAGAAAGUCGAAGACAAGUCCCGCAGGGCAGGCGAAAAAGAAGAAAACGAUAAACACCGCAAAGGCACCGAAAAGGACGACAUCGAUAAACAUCGCAGAGGCACUGAAAAGGAAGACAACGAUAGAUACCGCAGAGGAAGCGAAAAGGAAGACCUCUACAAACACCGCAGAGGCACAGAAAAGGAAGACAACGAUAGACACCGCAGAGGCACAGAAAAAGAAGACAACGAUAGACACCGCAGAGGAAGUGAGAAGGACAACGACAAACAUCGUAGGGGCAGCGAAAAGAAAGAAGAGGACAAAUCACGCAGAGAAAGUGAAAAAGGAGCCAGUGACACGAGAAAGGAGGAGUGCAGACCGGACAGGGAGGAAAGGGAGAGAAAGACCGAGCACAGGCGCGAUGCGGAGAGCGCGAAGCAGCGCUCAAAGUCGGGUGAGAACCGGGAGCCAAAGGAGAAGCCCGAGAAGAAGCGGGAGCGGAGGCGGACCCCCUCUCCCGACGACCAGGCGUCGAAGAGGAAGUGCGCUGACCCGGACGCGAAGAAGGAGAAGGAGAGGCAGGAGAGUCCCGCGCGGCGUUUCUCGACCCUCGUCGACGAGGCAACCUUUGUGCCGGACUACGGUGAGUCGUCGGACGGCGAAUCGGCAAACUCGUCCAGCGACGAGCCGCCGCCACCAGGGGUCUCCCCCGUAGCGAAGAGGGGCGCCAGGCGGACGCCGAGUGUGGAGCGGCGGCGAAGGAGUCCCGUCAGGUUUCCCGGGAAGGGGAAGGGGAAGCAGAGAGAACCCUCGCCAAAGCCGGCCGCCGGCGUGAAGAAAAGAAAGGGUCGGUCGCCGAGCGAGAGCAGUUCUGAUUCGCCGAGUCCCAAGAAGAAGUCUAGAGCCGUGAGUAGCAGCAGUGAGAGCGAGAGCGACGAUGAAGAGGAGGCGCGCAAGAAGAAGAAGAAGCACAAGAAGAAGGGUAAGAAGGAGAGGCGUGAGAAGAGUAAGAAGAAAAAGUCAAAAAAGAAGAAGAAGCAAAAGAAGUAGAAACUAGGGUAAGGGAGGGAAGGAGGGACGGUUAGACUGUAAAAACGUGCUCGGUUCUUCGUUGGUAAAUUUAAUCAAUACAUUCAGGUUUCUGUUGUAACUGCACGUGGUAAAAUAGUGAUCACUGGGGGUGUUGAGAGAAAGUUUAUAAUAUCGUUUGUAUAUAACAGCAAUGAAUAAGCAAAUUAUGGUUUCCAACUUUCAUACUAAGUGGCUGAUUGUUGUACGUAGUUAGUGUGCGGAGAGUGGUGAGAGAAAGUGUGUACAUGUGGUCUUGUGCAGGUGUAUUGUGAGUUAGUGAGGGUAACGAUUCAGGGAGGGUGAGGCUCUGGUAGGUAUACCGUGAGUGUGUGAGAGUAGAGAGGAAUUAACAAUGGUAUUCUGCGUGGUUGGUUCGAGUAUCAAUUUAGUUGUGGUGUAUGUACGUGUGUAAAAAUAGAAAAUACUCACAGGCAGGCAUGCAAUUUCUUUUUCUUUUUUGACAGGAAACCAGUUCCUAGUAUGUAUUCACUCGCGCGCAAUACAGGGUUAGCUGCGUAGAUGUUGCGUUAUGAUUUUUAUUUGUACAUGCUUGCUGUGUGGUUUUUGAUUUGAUGCUCAUGUCGGCAACCAAGGGGAAGCGGAGGCGUGGUUUGCGUGUAAUAUAAUGCUUGUACAUAGUUCUUCUGGGAGUGAAAGCCGCUGAGAUGUGUGCGUAAUACCGAGGUCAGUCCAAGUGUCAAUCAUUCAUCCUCUGGUUUGAGAUUUUUUUCAUUGUGGUGUUUAUGCUGGUGAACACGCUUAACGAGGGUAAGUGUAUGUGUGAAACCUGAAGUCAGAAGACAAGGUAGGCUUCGAGAGUUAACAUCACUGUUUGUAAUUUAUUGUGUAAAUGAAAUAAAGCGAAGACGCGUUAUUUUUCUAUUAAAAACACAUCUCUUGUUUCGUCCUGCCUUGAAGUGUUUUUCCCCUCUGAUUCACGUUUAUAGAGAGAGGCGUUUUCCCCAUUAAUUCUCCAGUGUCAUCGUCAUGCUUAUCACACUAGGUACCCCGCUCCAACACACGUCAAGUGUUCUCACACAUUAUCCCACCAAGUGGUACACGUGCUUUGACAAAUCGCAACUAGAUUCACCCCAAGGGUACAUUACUGUGCCGGUCUCGCCCUCCCCUCAGAAGAAUCAGGAAGGAGGUACCCAGGUACACGUAUUUUGUCAUCUCUGAUCCACCACCCGCCCUGGGGCUGUCUCCCAAGCCUUGUCUUCGUGUUCACUUAUGAAGGAUUUCUAGGUCGAUAGACACACGGGGGAGGGGGGGGGGACAGGUAGCUAGCUGGCGUUACUCGGCGCGGUUGUAAUGAAAUACUAAUCUCUCCUAAAUGAACCAGUCGGUGUUAGCCCCCCCCCCCCCUCACCACCACCACCACUUGGGUCAUUACCCUCCUUGUCGCUAUGUCCUAGAAAGUUGGUAAACCUCGCCUUCCACCUUCACAAGACCGAUUGGCAAUACAGCUUUGUGCAUGUUGUUGCUAAAGUCGGUCAACUAAAAGUAUUUACUAUAAAAGUAUUGAAGUGUCGCGUGUAUAUGUAGCUCUUAUCACAGGUUAAAAACUCGUGCAGUUUGCCAACGGCCAUAUAAUUACAAAGUACACGUAGUUGGAGUAGUUGUGGAUAAAAUUCCGGCAUCAUAUUCCAUCCUCUCGUAAGGUAUUGCUGUGUUACUAUAAGAUGUUGUAACUAAGUAUGUAUGAUAUAGUAUUCUGUAUGCAAAUAUGUGCGAUAAAAUAAAUGAAAUAUUAUUUGCAGUCACACACUAA